AUGGACUCCACUAGAGCACUGAAGGAGUGCUGUGGUGAUUGUCCUGUUAAAAUUUGGCCUGUUAAAUUAGUAAGGGAGUUUGGUGCUUCAGCCUCAGCUAACUGUUCCACAACCAUCAUCCACCAUGGCAUGGGAUGGGAGGCAUCACAGGGAGCAGUGGACAUGGUGGAAAACGUUCAGCUCAUCACCUGGAGGGUGGACAAUCUCACGCACUACGACAUAAAACCAUAUUGCUUCAUGAAUAUGAAAACGCAGUGUUCAAACAACCUUCCAGUUAUUGUUUACAAGCGUCCAGACCGGGUGUCUAUCAGCACCGUGGAUCACACAGGGCCAAUGAUUGAAGGUGGACAAUACGAGGUCCGGUGUGAUGUUCAGAAUGUUGCUCCUGUUCGUCUCCUCACUGUAAACUGGUACAAAGGACACCAUCUUGUGGAAAGAGAAAGCCUUUCUGGUGAAGACAAAUUUCCUGUUAAUGUAAAUGUGAAACUUCAGAUCUCACCGAGUAAAGAUGAUGAUGGAGUUCAGUACAGAUGUGUGGCAGAACUGAACCUGGGACCAGAAGGACCGCAACAUCCUCCUAUAGUGACAUCAGAUCCUCUAAACAUCACAGUACACUACAAACCUGAAAUGGAUUGUCUAGAUUGGUCUCCUAUAAUAAACACUCCCUUGAGCUCCUAUCCUUAUAAUGUUGUGGGAAACCCAACUCCACACAUCACCUGGCAUCGAGACGAAUUACUGAUCAGCUCUGAUGUGAUUCUAAGCAAAAAUUACUCGGGCCGAUAUACUUUCUUUGCAAGCAAUCUGAUAGGAAAUGCAUCCUGUGUCAUAAGUAUCACAGUAGAGUCACAAUCCAGCCAAUGCCCUGACCUUGUCCUGGACCCUCCUGAGCUGGUGGUGCGAUAUGGAGAUCCUGUCUCAGUGAGCUGCCGUUCCCUGUCUGAAUACACUGACCUGGGCUGGGAUGUUUCACUGGGAAGUGUUUCAUUGCUUGAUAAUCAGACUGUUAUCUGGAAAACAGACAAUCUGACUGACUGGGAAAUAGUGCCAGUGUGCUACAUGAUCCUGAAUGGUGUACAAUGCAGGAGGACUCUCCCCCUCACCGUGUACAAGCUUCCAGACGAGGUGUCUUUCAGCAUCGUGAAUCAUGUAGGACCGAUGAUUGAAGGCAAAAAGUAUGAGCUCCAGUGUAAGGUUUAUAAUUUUGCUCCUGUGAACGUCCUCGCUGCUUUCUGGUACAAAGGGGAAGAGUUAUUAAAAAAUAGAGGAUUUGCAGAAUUGCCCACCAAAACUCCUAGUAAUCGGACGGUUUCACAUAAGAUCACUGCUGGCAGAGAUGAAGGUGAAGCUCAGUACUGGUGUGAGGCAAAGCUGAAACUGGGACCAGCAGGACCUCAGCCUUCUCCUACGAUCAAAUCAAAUCUUCUUAAAGUUGCAGUUCACUACAAACCUGUAAUUAAACCUUGUUCAGAUUGGUCCCCUAUGAUACACACCCCAUUGAGCUCUUUUCCUUAUAAUGUUACGGGAAACCCAACUCCACACAUCAACUGGCAUCGAGACAAAUCACCGAUUUACAUAUUUUGA